AUGACUGGUCGCGGCAAAGGAGGAAAAGGAAUCGGCAAGGGAGGCGCCAAACGUCGUCGCAAAGUUGUGCGUGACACCAUCCAUAGGGCCAUCCGUCGUCUUGCUCGCCGUGGUGGUUUGAAGUGUAUUUCUGAUCUUGUCUGCGUGGAAACCCACGUUGUUUUGAAGGUGUUCCUUGAGAACGUGAUUCGUGACGCUGUCACCUUCACUGAACACGCCAAGAGGAAGACGGUGACGGCCAUGGACGUCGUCUAUGCACUGAAACGCAGGGGCCUGUACGGUUUCGGCGGCGGCGGCGGUGGAGGCAGCGGUGGCGGCGGACUAAGCGGUCGAGAUUUCUGA